AUGGUACAGCUCAAGCAAACUGAGAAGAAGCCAAGACUUCAGCACUCCAAUCUCGCCAAUUCAGCCUUAACUCCCAAGGAAAAGCAAUGUGAACAGCAAAAAAGAUGGCUUGCCAAUGAGAAAUGCAAUCCACACAGUGCUCAAGAGAUGAAGGAACAGAACACCGCCAACAAAUGGGCAUGGCAAAAAUGCAAGAGAGAGGAAAUGCAGAGCAAACAGCACACGCCUGACACAAACUCCCAAGGCCACGCCCCUCAAAAGCAGCCUCAGACCUCAUCUCCUGAAGCGCCUUCAGGUCAUGUGGGCCCAUCCAUCUCAGAACCCGACACCAUCCCCAUCGGCCCCAUCCUCCUGGCACAGGAGACCCUCACAACCAUUGUGACGCCCUGCCAAAUGUGUGACAUCGCCGUCAUGACAGACACACCCAGCCCUCCCGUCAAUUGUUCCUCCAUUCCAGAUGACCAAGCAUACCCCUCACCCACCUUGUCUGCACUCACCGACCUACAGUUCCGCGAUCUGGCAAAUCCUAUCAUUGGCUCCCAAGUCCAUGAACAAUCAGAUACCGUUCAAUGGGACGAUGGAUCUACCACUGUGCUUCCCUGCAUCAUGAAGAACGGCAUAAAGAUAUGCAAAGAAGACGCUCUUGCAAUAUCUGCAGCGCUUCGCAUCAACAAAGCCGUUGUCAUUCGGCAAGUGAGCACACCCAAGCCUGCAACGCUUGAUUUAGAAUACCUGGAAGAUCAUGGAAUGUCAGACCUCAUGUGUGUCAUACUACAUGACGCUGAACAAUGCACGAAGGAUUUUACAUAUCCCCACCAGAACGCAACACUUGCAGAAUUCAUAUGCAACAUACACGACCCCAACAAGAUACAAUGUAUACUCGACGUUCCAUAUGGACAGGGCGGUCUCCCGUCAUAUCUGAGUACUCUCGACAGUGGCAUUACCAAUGGAUGGAAUCAAACUGUCAUAUCCCGUAUUCCGGACCUACAUCCAAUGAUGUUCCCAUGCCUUCCGGACACCUUCCGCAUGCACAUCCGGACCUCCAUACCCUUAUCCAUGCCUUCAGUCCUCCAGUCCACUAUCGCUAAGCCUGCUUCAUCCACCCUUAGUCCUAUCGGAUCUGAGCUCAUUCCAUCUUGGACUCUACCUUCCCUAGACUAUCGGUCUAUAUCCAUGAUCCAUAUCCUAGUCUCAUCUUCACCUAGAUCUCCAGAUCCGCUCAUCCGAUAUCCAGACGCCUCAUCCGAUAUCUCUAGACCUCCGGAUCUGACCUAUACUCAUAUCCAAAGCCCAAACCUUAAAUCAGCGUCUAUCUCCUUAUGGUAA